AUGGCGACACGGUAGAGGAGCGGCUGCGCCGGGGCGACCGCCCCCUCCCGCCUCCUCGGCACGGGCACGGCGCGCCGCGGGUGAGCGAGCGGCCUCGGCGGCGCUGCUGCCGCCGGUGCCCCGCGCAGGGCUCAGCGGCGGCGGACGAGGAGGAGGAUGGCGGUGGCGGUCGCGGCGGCGGUGGGCACAGCAGCGGCGGCGGGGCCGAGCGGCCGCGCGGCGGGAGCCAGCACCGUCCCGAGCAGCUCAUGGUGGCGCCCCAGACCCGCCGGCAGCGGCCGCGCCGGGGCCGCCAGCUGAGCCGGAUCCCGGCGGGCGGCUCUCCCCUCUCCACACCGACCCACCGAGCGACCCGUCCCCCUCCCCCGACGCUCCCCCUCCCCACUCCCCGGCGCGACCCGCGCCUCGGAUCGCCCCCGCCGGGGCCGGACUGCCACCGCCCCCGGGCGCCGCGGGGAAGGCGGCGGCGGCGAAGGGCACCGGGCAGCGCCAGGCGGCGGCGGGACCAUGGGCGCGAAGCAGAGCAGCCCCACUGCCGCCAAUGGCCGCACCCGGGCUUACUCGGGCGGGGAUCUGCCUUCCUCGAGCAGCAGCAGCAGCGGCGGCGCUAACGGGACCGGCGGGCGCUCGGCGGGCGGCGGCGGGCGCUACGCGCACCUGGCGGCGGCGCCUCACGCCGCUCCCGGCGGCGCGGCGGCCGCGGCGGCCGGAGGAGCAGCGGCGGCGGGGAGUGCCGCGGGGUCGGCACCCCGGAGCAGGUCCUUAGGGGGAGCCACGGCCUCCGGGGCCCGGGCGGCGCAGUCCGCCUUCAACAUCCCCCACAGCAGCGGCCCCUACGGCUCGCAGGACUCGGUCAGCAGCACCCCGGAGGAGGGCGGCCGGGAGCGGCCCGCGGGGGGCGGCGGCGGCUCCUCCGGCGGGCCCCGGCUAGUGAUCGGCUCGCUGCCCGCGCACCUCUCGCCGCACCUGUUCGGAGGAUUCAAGUGCCCUGUAUGUUCAAAAUUUGUAUCUUCUGAUGAAAUGGAUUUACAUCUUGUGAUGUGUUUGACAAAACCAAGGAUAACCUACAAUGAGGAUGUGCUGAGUAAAGACGCUGGGGAGUGUGCAAUAUGCCUGGAAGAGCUGCAGCAAGGAGAUACUAUAGCACGGCUGCCUUGCCUCUGCAUAUAUCAUAAAGGCUGCAUAGAUGAAUGGUUUGAAGUAAAUAGAUCUUGCCCUGAACAUCCAUCAGAUUAAGACAAGAUUCAUAUUUUUAGCUGCUUCCACUGAUCAGAAAACAUAGGAGAUGUGAGGUUCUCUUGCUGAACACAGCGUGCCUGGCUUGAGACUUAGUUCUUUGUGGCUGAAAAAGGCAAAGAUGGACAGUGACACGGAGAAAGCAUUGCAGACACCGUUACUUGACAGUAGUGCUCAGUAUACCAAACACUCAUGCAAAGGACACACAGGGAUUUUGAAAAUGCUGCACAUCCUGUAACAAUCGACUCCCCAGAGACAUUACUGACACUGUUUUGUAUUGAAGGCCAAAGUUCCAAAUUUCAGCCUAACUUCUGGUUCUGUGAAGAAGCGAGUUAUUGGACAUGUUUCCUACUGCCUCCAGUGGAAGCGGAGACGUUCAAUACGUGCUCUCUGAGACCCUUGCAGGGGGACGGCCCCAGAUUGGAGUGGGAACGUUGUCACCUUCUCGUUGGCUGAAGAACAGUAAAUGGCAAACUAAAUAAAAUCUAACAGUGUGACCUUAAUUUACUGAAUUCACACCCUGUUUUACGUUCUUCACUUUUUUCAAGAACAGAAAACAUAACCCGCUCUGUGUAGGAAUACUGUAUUUCAAAGUUUUGUAACUAAACCUUUGUCACAAUGCAGUCCAAAGAGUAAAACCAAGACAGGUAACUAAUUUAUAUUGAUCAAGCUAUAGAGAUUGUUGAAAUCUGCACACUGUAUUGCUAUUUAAGUAACUAAAACGUCUCUUUUAUUGCUUAUGAGUCAAAACGACAGAAAGAAAUGCAGCAAAGCAAAUCUUACAGCUAUGCAACUUUUUUUAAAAUAGGAAAAAGAAAUGAAUUACCAAUUUUAAGUGCUGCCAGUUAAGGUAAUUUGUUUAACGGGUAUUUUUUUAAAGAUGUUUCAGGUAAUUAUUUUAUUGUACUACUCUCAUCUCCAGGCUGCCUCCUGAGGUGUAAAUGAAUAACUGCAAGUGUGGGCACAGGGAGAGGUUUUUAUAGGCAUGGGCGAGAUUACAUCGAGGUGGGAUUUGUGUUUAUUUUUCAAACAUGCGCAAGUUCACGUUUCCUUGUUUGAAUGUGUUUUUUGGUCGCAGGAUCUGUAAUACAUUGCAUCUAAACCCUUGGUGUCUUCAUGUGGAGACCAGCAUUUGACAGUGUGGUCUUUUGUUUAGUUUGGGUUUUUUCCUUUCUUUUUUUUUUUAAAUUAAUCUGUAUUUGUUUAAUUUAUUAUUAUUUUACUGUAUUAUAUUGGUAUAUCAGAGCUCCACAAAACAUAGGAUGUCUCUGGGUGGGUACACCGAGUAAAGCUGUGGAUAUGUAUUAGUUCCCACAAAGUAUCACAGUUAAAAUAAAUAAUUUUUUUUUAAAAAGACAAUGAACUGGAACAGAUAUCAGGGUUUAGAAGCAUACUUUUUAUAUCGAGAAUUAAUUGUAGUAGUUUCUGAAUUUCACAACACAGGGAAGAGUUUAUGAAUAUUUAUUAGCAACAGUAUUCUUAGUGAGUUUCAAUAGUUAAAAUAAGUUGCACAACACUUCAGACUUUUUUUCUUGUACCUAAAUAAUUCUGGUUGGGUUUUUAUUUUUUUUCUUUGUUUUGUUUGUUUGUUUUGUUUAAGUACACAUUUCUCUCUGUUGCUGCUGUGAUUUAUAUCAAAAAGGGCAAAGAAUAGGAGCAACUACUGCUAUCUGGAGAAGAAGUGCAGUUCAUGUUCCUAAACUCUCCUAUCUUGCUUGAAGAGCAGUUCUUCCCUGGAUAACAUUUUCUCCUGAAUGUUGCUCUGUAAAAUGCCUUUGUUACGCUGCAAAUCUAAAGGAGUCCAAACUAGAUAAUUGUCAUAAUUGACCGUGCAGUUUCUAUACUUUUGGGCUUGCAUCACUGGUUUCAGCUGAACCUGUAAGCUAUGGGGCCCUGUUGAGUUCUCUUUUUCAGUGGGAGCAGAAUCAUUUUGUCACACGUUCGAUUCUGUAGUCACAUCAAAUGUACAGUCAUUCCCUGUACAGAGUCCUUUUUCAACGAGAAUAUUUGUGUUGCCUUGUAUUAUCUUGGGGAGGGAGGGAGGGGAUGAGGAAUUACAGCACCUGUGAUACUCAAAUAGUGGUGUUGCCUGCAGGCCCAUUUUCUCAAUGUUUUAAACUCCUGAUAUCGUCUGAAAGUAAAACUUUUCCAUUUGCAUUGGUUUAAUGUUUACGGCUGGCUUCAUGCCUGCAGAAACUCACCUGUAGUCAUGUAAAGGGGGUAGGUCAGUGUUUUGAUGUCCUGUGCUCUGAGGUCAUAGAUAGUCUUUGGCUUGAGGGUUAAGUACAUAAAUACAAGAAAGAUAAAUCUGUGUACAACUUGAGCUCAGUUUUGGUAGUUCAUACUUCUAGUUCACUUAUUGUUUCCUCAAAACCCUUCAUCUUCUGUAUUCAGAUGGAAGUAGCUGAUUUAAAGACCCAGCAGUUAGGGCUAUUGUCCCACGUUUAGGAACAGUGUUGGAAAAGCAGGUCACUAGCCAUCGCACUGGUGAUGCUUUUGUAGGCAAGAGUCCAUUGCUGCUUCCAUCAACACAGUAGAGGAGCAAUUCCUUGGAUUAUUUGAGGAACUGAUACAAGGUCAGCUUUAGUUUGAUGUUCUUGGCAUCCAUAAAUCUCUUCUGAAAGACAAUGGGAGGCUUUCUUGUAUCAAAGCCUGAAACAUUGACCAAGGCUGGAAUGACCCUGGAAGCAUGAGAGUGAUGCUUGGGUUUGAAAACACCAGUGGAAACUCACCUAGAUAAGCUUUCUGUCACCAUCAGCUGGUGAUGACCAUGCUGUAGGCACAGCUCUAGUCACAGACAACACCUUCAUUUUGAAAAUGUCCUCACAGGGGUGUCAACUCAUUGUGCUUCAGAAGGGAAAAAUAAACACCAAACAAGUCCUGUGUCUCAAACAAGGAACACCACACUUCUCCACAAGAAGCAAUAACUUCAAUUUCGGUGCGAUAUGCUUCUUUGCCUGUAAAUAUCUUGAAAUUGCCAAUUCUGUGCUGUUUCAGAGUAUUUUCUGUCAUCUGGCCUGUAUCUUCCCUAAAUAUGUAAGGGUGUGAAAUAAUUCCCAUACUCAGGUCUGCCAUAAACAUGCUGCUUGCCAGCAGGGGAAGAGUAGAUUUGACACUGUCUUGAAAUGUGCGAUUUUUCUGAACUUGUAACAUACCCAUGUCUCUUCAGUAGCAGCUCGUGUUUCGAAGUUCAUAGUGGAGGUGGCUGUGAGCUGGUUUGUGUUUAACCAUACCCCAUACAAUAACAAGGGAGUCAAGAUUGUUGUCAGCACAGGGCACCCUUUGUCCUGGCUCUUACAAUUCAGUAUAUCUAUAAUAAUGCUUCCCUUUGGGAGAAGGUAUCUCAUUUUCUCUCAGUGUGUACAGCAAUGAAUUCAGUGGGAUGUGAAAGCAAAAAUACCAAGCGCACCACAAAUUAUUGGUAUUUUAUUUUUGGGAGGGAUAAAGCCAAAAACAGAUGGUCUUAUUUGUAGUCAGGUUAGCUGUCAUAAUCAAGGGUAAGUGUACUGGGGUAUUUUGGAAUGGAAAAUGUAUAGGCAAUGUACAAAAAUGUGGGUGGAUGCUUGUGACCUUGGUUUUUUCCCUGCUUCCCCCCUUAUGAUGUAAAAGGGGUUUAUGACUGAAACUCAAGAUUUGUACAUUUAUCCUACUUCUUAAUUUUAGGAGCACUGGGUUUUUAAUUAAGCCUUGCUGAAAGACUGGAGAGCUGGUAGAACAGACUCCCAGGAAACUAAAAUCUCAGCAAAUAUGGGAAAGAUAAUUUCUAUUCAGAAAUGUGGAUCUUUGGUGUUUCUGGAGGGAUAUGUCUAAUACGUGAGAUGUGCUUAAGAACGCCUUUAGUGCGCUGCCUUUUCUGCGUGAGGGCUUUAGAAACUUGCUCCAUUUCUUCCGUGUUCCACCAAAAGCAAGGAACUUGGCACUUGAAUGUUACUGUUCUCUCUUUGUAAAUGGUGGCAAAACACGUUGGUUUUGAUACAGGCAGUGAUCCCUCUGAGUUUCUUGUGGCUUUUAGCUGCUUUCCUGUAUUGAAGGAAUAUUUGUGUGCAAAUUUGGUACUAAUUCUGCUGUGCAGGUGGGAUUUUCCUGCUGAGAGACUACCACACACCUGGGAGUGCAGAAGUGCUACUAUGGGAUCUUCCAGCUCACCUUUACUAGUGGAAGAUUAUCUCUUUUUUUGAUGAGUGCUAUAUUUGAUGAUUACUUUCCACCCUUCCAAGCUUAGAAGUCAUUUUAUAUCAAUUUCUCCUCCGUCUUGCUGAAGAUGAGAUAUAUGUUAGGCCAUAUUCCCAUAUCAAUAGGCUUUCCAUUGGCAUCAGUAGAAGUGAUGUAAGAGGUUGUAACUGUAAGAAAAGGCUUCUUAUGGAUUUCCUACAAUCCAGCCAAAUGUGGGGUUUUCUUCAUGCAGCUCCUACCACUUAACUUUUUGUCAUUCAAAACACUCUGUGUGAGAAAUUCACAACAGAACUAUGUCCAGGAUUUGUUUCCUGAAUGAAAAAUCUGUGAUGUCUCUGUUUCUCCACAUAAGUAGCCUGCUUCUAAAAAUCAGGUUGGAGAUGGUUUAAUCUGUUGGGGGUUAGAAAAACCAACCUAGUGCAUACUCUCAAAUUACAUUUGGUUAUCUUACUCCACAAUUAUGGGCUGGCUUUCCAAGCUGCUUGUGUUCUGUAAAGUCAUGUCUCAAUUAGUACAUCAGAGCUGAUGAUGGGAUAAGCUGUAAAAUGACCUCACUGUGGAGCAUUAUUAGUUGUUGAAGACUUGCUCAGGUAAACCACCAUAGGAAUAUCCUGUACCUGAAAAAGGAGUAUCCUGCACCAUAGGAAUAUCCUGCACCUGAAAAAGGGUGGACUUGGUUUUGUCUUGGAUCUAAUAAGUUGCCAGUGUACAAGAAUUAGAAGGCAGCCAGCCCACUCACUGAUCUUUCUGGCAGCUUUUAAUCUAUGUGUGUUUGUUUGAGAGACUUUUGCCCUUGGGUGUGCUUUGGCAAAGAUUUUGCAACGAUAAAUAGGAUUUGCUCGAUUUUGGCAGAGUUCCAAGUGUAAGUAACCCGACGUUGCAAAAACAUAAUCUGUUGCUGAAUCCUGUUCCUCUUGUUUUCCCUCAAAUCUGUCCCUUUUAAUGCUGAUAUGUUAUAUUUCAUAGUAAACACUUCUCAACACAACUGGUCACAAGCUCUCAAGGUGUGAAAUUCUAAGAGGAAGAGACAUCAAAGCUUGGUUCUAUGCUCUUGUGUAUAUUAAGAUGAAGCUGAAAUAUUCGUUACCAUACAGUGAAGAAUUCUUCCCUAGCUGAUAUUGCCAAAGCACUAUAACUUUCAAGGAAGAAGGGAGGUGGCUUAGCUGUAGAGGGGAUGCUUUAAUGAAUUACUUAAAAACUACUUGUAAGAAAUUUUAAGAGCUGCAGUGUGGCACUGAAUGAGUGGUGAUCCAGCGUUAACCUUUAUCCCUUGAUUACAAAUCUCAUUCUGGCUCUUCCCACCCUUUGGCAGAUACCUGCUGGUAGGGAGCAGAGUGUGUACUCUCUUUUUUUGUAUGCCUCUUCCUAGAGAGCUAACCUUGCCCACAGUGAGUUAGAGGGAGGUCCAUGCUAGCUUCUGAAAUGCCACCUGUAUGUGCAGUGGUAAUGGACAAGAUAUCUUCCUUCAUUACCCGGAGCAGAAAUUGGAAUGUAAUUUGCAAUGUCUAAUGUAAAUGUAAAAUAUAUUUGUUUGUUUUGUUGUUUUGUUUGGUUUUUUUAAUUGAGCAGUAUGAUUGCAAGUUGACUUAAGUUGUUCUAAGGUACUCUUUUCAGUGGUUUGCCAGUACAUAAUCACGAAUGAAAAUAUUUUUUUAUUGAUUUUUAGGUUGUAUGUUUAACAUUCCAUUCAUGUAAAAUAUGUACAAAUAUAUGUAAUAAAUCUUUUGAAGCACA